CUGUCUCCACUGUUUUUUUUUUCUGUAGCCCAUCAUUCCUCUCUCUGCUCCUUCUUUCCGCACUCCUCUGCAGAGCAUGGAGAGCUGUCUGUUGACGCAUCGUCACGAGCCAAUCAUACGCCGUCUCUCGAAAUGCAGGACCAAACUGACCAAUAAGAGAAAAGGACGGGGCGGGAUGUGUCCAGUCCACUCACGCCUCCACACAUAGAAAAUCACUGGUGUUGGAGAGUGACAGAGAGACAGACAGGGACAAACUGGAGCCGCGACACGGGGACAGGGAUACAAAAAGACACAGACAGACACACGGAGGCUGCUUCACGAGGAGACAAUACAGGAUAAUUGUUGACAUGGACGUAUCAGUCUGACCAUACCCCGACCCGUUCUCUCCAACAGGUCCACUACAGCCGCGAGCAUGUCGACGGUUGAAGGAGCCGGCGAGGAAGGGGAGUACGGAAGGGCGGCAAAGCGGCUGAAAACGGAUGAGGGAGAGACGGAGCCGGAGGAGAGGGAGGAAGGGGAAGAGGAGCUGGAGGAGGGGGAGGAUUCGGACUCCGGCUCGCUGCCCGGUAACGUAGAGUCAGCGGUGGACAACCGGGCCCGGUGGAGCGCCAGCCAAUACGGAGCAGGACGGAAGGAUAAUGGUGAGGAUUCCCAUCGUAUCUCUCCGAGCCCUGUGGUCCAUGUCAGGGGUCUGUGUGAGGCUGUGGUAGAAGCAGACCUGAUAGAUGCCUUGGAAAAGUUUGGACCCAUAUGUUAUGUAAUGAUGAUGCCAUUCAAGCGUCAGGCCCUGGUGGAGUUCUCUGCAGUAGAGAGUGCUGACCGCUGUGUGUCCUGUGGAGCCAAGGAGCCUGUAUACAUCGCAGGCCAACAGGCGUACUUUAAUUACUCAACAUCCAAGAGAAUCACCAGGCCGACCAACGCUGACAACCCCAACAGUGGCAACAAGGUCCUCCUGCUGUCCAUACAAAACCCCCUCUACCCUAUAACCACGGAUGUACUGUACACAGUGUGUAACCCCAUUGGCAGUGUGCUGAGGAUUGUCAUCUUUAAACGAAAUGGAAUCCAGGCCAUGGUGGAGUUUGAGUCAGUUCAGUGUGCUCAGAAGGCCAAAGCUGCACUGAACGGAGCUGACAUCUAUGCUGGCUGCUGUACGCUUAAGAUCGAAUAUGCAAGGCCAACACGUCUGAAUGUGAUUAAGAAUGACAACGAGAGCUGGGACUACACUAAACCGUACCUUGUCAGGCGAGACCGUGGAAAGGGAAGGCAGAGACAGGCCAUUUUAGGCGAACAUCCGUCAUCCUACAGUGAUAACGGCUAUGGUCCACCCUGCCCCCUGCUGCCUCUGCCUGGCAACAGCAGGUACAAGCUCACCUCAGUGGAUGUUCCAGACAUGGUGUCAUACCCUCUGCCCCAGUCAUCCUCCUCAUACUCGGGUCAUGCCCCCAGCUCUGUUGCCAUGGUGAGCGGCCUCCAUUCUUCCAAGAUGAAUUGCACCCGCAUCUUCAACCUUUUCUGCCUCUACGGCAACAUUGAGAAGGUAAAGUUUAUGAAGAGUGUUCCUGGCACAGCGCUGGUUGAGAUGGGGGAUGAGUAUGCUGUGGACAGAGCCAUCACACACCUCAACAGCAUCAAGGUGUUUGGCAAGAGACUCAAUGUCUGUGUGUCUAAGCAGCAUGCAGUCAUCCCCAGUCAGGUGUUUGAAUUAGAGGACGGCAGCAGCAGCUAUAAGGACUUUGCCAUGACCAGGAACAACCGCUUCAGCAGUGCCGGACAGGCCUCCAAAAACAUCAUCCAGCCUCCAUCUGCAGUUCUACACUACUACAACGUUCCUCCAUGCAUAUCACAGGACCAUUUAUUGAGGCUGUGUACAGAGCAUGAUGUGCCUGGCUUCGUCAAAUUCAAGAUGUUUGAUGCCAAACCCUCGUCUAAGACCAUCUCUGGCUUGUUGGAGUUUGACAGUAAGACGGAGGCUGUGGAGGUCCUUACUGUUCUUAACCACUACCAGAUCAGGAUACCCAAUGGGUCCAACCCAUACACCCUGAAACUGUGUUUCUCCACCUCGUCUCAUCUAUAAAAGGUUGCAGAGCACAAGAAGAGGCUGCUGAGCCUGAUGAAGGCUGACCUCUGACCUGAGAGACGGAGAGGGACCAUGGCAGACAGACAUGUGGAGGAGACAUAUAUAAAGGAGGAGGAGAAUCAGAGAGAGAUGUGGCCUUUAAGGAGAUAAAGAUGGGAAGGAAAGCACUCAGGAGAGAGAGAAGACGCUGUCACUUUCUCCAAACUGAACAUCAAACACACACCCAUCACCCCUCCAUCCGAUAAAGUUCAACAAGCUGAUAGACUAGUGACCGUCUAAAAUACUCGAAUUAUAUGUUUAUAUUGUUAUAUGGGAUGUCUGGAGGACACUGCUCAUGUGUUUGUCCCAGAAGUCUUCACUGAAUGGUAAACUUGUCUUUGAGUGUAGACCUGGAAUGACUGACAGACAGACAGACACUCUGAGAAAUUUACUGUACAAACUGGAUGUCAUCAUCAUUUUUGCACAUGGUGACUUAAACCAUAUUUUAAUGUUUAAAAGUGGAUGAAUGCAGUGUGUUAUUUUUGCAUUGCCAUUGAACAAGUUCUCAUUUAGGGUUCAUUAGUGCUACAUGAACAUUUUACCCUGGCAGCAGCGAAGCCAUGGGACAAAGGUGUCUCUCCCCACUGUUUGGCCGAGAGCGAGAUAGCUCAACCACCGAGCAGCUGUUAAGUUUGCUGUGGAUGUUCAUGGUCCCCAGAGGAAGACUCCAAAGGUUUUGGUGACCCUCUGACCUGACUUUACCUCUACCACCAGCAUGAGGUCAGAAUUCUCAGCCAACACUUCAACCUGACAUGGCAGGGCUGACUUGGGUUGGUUGGCACACAGAUAUUUUCUGGUCCUUUAAAAGUCACAGAAACAAAAAUGUUUGCUCUCUUCACCUGCACCCAUCUACUACGAUGAUACAUCUAAUAGUCACUAAUACACUGGUCUGUGGACUAAACAUGAUAUAAAACUGUGUUAGAUAUACAUAUUGGAAAAGUGUUGCUUUUGGUUAAUAGACAAAGGAAUCAGCUACUUAAGCAAUAUCACAUGAGAGGGAGUGAUGUUGUACUGUAUAUCGUCACGGCUGUGAUUCGGUCGAAGGCACGGAGCCGCAGGCCGAGUGCCGAAGACAACUACAGCUGUGACGAUAUAUAGUACAAUGUCACGACCUCGAGUGUGAUAUUGCUUAAGUAGCUGUUGUUGAACAACAGUUCAACAGAGCAAGGAAAUGUUAACAAAAGGUGAUGAAAUCAAUUAUUUAAGUAUGUUAUGUAGCUCCAUGAAAAAAAAAAACAGUUCCCCCAGUCUGUUGCCAGGCAAUGCAGCACACAAGCCAGGAACUCACAAGUUAGCCUACUUAGUAUUUACAUUGAUCUGCAGCUGUGUAACUUCGGCCAGUUCGGCUAAUGAAACGUUGGCAAACCUGGAUGUUGGCAUGGUCGGAUUCAGCUUCCACUCUCCCUCAUCCUCAUCCUCAUCAGUACCUCAUCAGAUGAUCAUUGAUAAUUCACUAUAUAUAGUGUAACGCUAUAGUGUCAGUUUGCGUCAAUGUAGCGAGUGUGACAGUUGGUUAAUUAACGGUUGAUUUAUAUUUAUAACACCUGUGAGCGGAGUGAUUUUACUGUUACAAGCCCCAGUGAUGCACUCUACAUCAGCACUCACGGAAUGCCUCUCGUCCAAUCAAAUUACUCGGUCGGAACUAACCGUUGUAUAAAUUUUGAUAUAAGAAUUGAAAGUUUGUGAUGAGUGAUGGCAGCUGGCUAACAUCACAAAGUUAGGUCAAAUGUGAGCAAGGUUUAUUAGUAGUAGUAGUAGUAGUAGCAGCAGCAGUAGUGUAUUUUGAAUGGUCAGUGGCAAAAGUAAUUGACAAUUCUUGAUAAAUUACUGAUAAACUGCAAUAGAAACAGUCCGCUAGUUCAUAUAUUGGUAUUUUUUUUGGUAUUUCAUAUUCCUAAAAUCUGUACAACUUAAAAACUAAAAGGUUAUGAUAAAAGUAUUGAAAUUAUAGUAUAAUUUAAAAAAAAAAAAAAAGAAAAGAUACAACAGACAGACAUUCCUUUUCACCAUCAUGUGGACUACUUGUACCAUAACAUAAUGUUUUGUUGUAACUAUAGCACUUUAACAUUACGCCAACUGAUCCCAUAACGUGUGCCUCCUUACUGGGCUGGUUAGCACAAACACACAAAAUUACUUUAAUCACAAAUUCCCUAAUGUUGGAAAACAUUAGUGGACAUUAAAUCAUAUAUAUUUACAACUGAGACCUUAACCUUUCAUUCGCUGCUGGUUAGAGUAUUCUUACCUAAAUUAUGCCAGAGAAAUAUGGAAGACAGUGAAAAGUGUGCCAAUCAACCCCCAGUCUCCCCUAUUUGAAAAAUAUAGGCAGGCAUGAAUAUUCAUGUUUCCAAGAGGAUGAAUUCUUAUCUUUUUUCAAAUAUUACUGCUAUUUCUUAAAGCCAUACUCUCAUCAUUCCCACCUUCACCAAAUGUUUAACCUGAACAUAAGAAAUAUCAAACUCUAAUAGGCAGAUUGUCAUGACAUUCACAGAGCACAUUAAUUCUCCUCAGAAGGUAACUUCUUUACAUUUUUGUUCUUCCCUUUAGCGCCACCUCAGGCCAGAAAAUCAACUUUGUAUACGAUAUGUCUGCUGAUUGUUAUGAAAGUUGCCUAUUCACAUUCAUAUUCCUGAGAUGACCCUUUUUUUAUUGCUUCUACGGCCUUUUCUCUAGUGACACCCUCAGGAGAAGUUUUGCAUUUUCAGCCACACUUCUGGUGAAGCUCUAAGAAAAGUUAAGUUAUUGCUGUGUUUUUUUUUAUUCUGUCUUGUAAGAUGUGGGGUGUCAUGAAAUGGCAGCCUCAUGGGGCUGUGAGCAGGGUUUGAGGUUUCUAGUUGGAUGGCAGAGGCACUACAUGUUACUGGCAGCACCAAAGAGAGAGAUGUCAAGGCACACUUAUUGCACUGACCAGGUUGAGCUAAUAUGUAUAAACAAUGAGCAGUGUAGGUAGUCCAUGCACUGGCUAUGUAAACUACUAACAUUUAUCUCAACAUAAUGCUAUCUCACAAAAGUUUCAUCAGCCUCUAGAAAAAAACUCAUAUUAAUCUGAGUAUUUCAUUAUCACAUCUUCCAUUAUUGUCUAAAAUAAUGGAAUAAGGUUGUGAUUUUCUGUUUUUGCUGUGACCUGAACAUAUUUAGAAUGGACUUAAAUAGUGUCACUUCAAUAUUUUAAAAAAUGCCAUAGGCUGAAAACUUGUGAUAGCUCUUUGUCGCUCAGUAUUGUGUAUAUACAAUCUUAUAUUUUUUAUCUCUCGUAUGUCCUGCAGGAGUAUUUAACUCACGUGGUAUCAGUGUAAUAUUACAGUGACUGUUUGAAUUUGAUUUUGCCCAUGGGUCUGUGCAUUAUGUCUGUACAUGUAUGCAUAAGUUAAAAAUUGUCAGUAGAAUUACGCAUUUAUAACACAACAGGCCACAACAGAGUGACCACACCAAACACACUGAUGACAUAUGGUAUUACUGAGUGCAGUCAUCAACUGUGCCAGUUCACUGCAAUCAGAGCAGCAGCCUGAGGCUUGGUUUUAAAGGUGGAAGGCAAUUGAAUUUGUGGACUGGAGUAGAAUUGCAGCAGUGUCGGUGGCCCUGCUCUUCCCAUUGUACAGUUUAGAUGCUGGAUUUCCAUUAGAAAUUCUAUUUUUCCAAUAGAAUGCAGAUAAAUGUAGGUGGGUUUAAGUUCUUAGGGUCUCAGUCAGCUGCUUCCUGUCACUCCCUCUUGUAUGUGCUCCUUUUGCAGCAUCAUUUGCUGUUCACAUGGAAAUGAAUCAUUUUCUGACUCCAUCCUGAGCCAUUUCACAAAUCAACAGGUGGCUUAUUGACAUAUUAGAGGUGCUGGAACUUCAGUGAAUACUGUUAAGAUCCCACUGGUGGACAUGUGUUUGUUUAAAACCUAAAGUGAAAGCACCAUGUUUUCAUGGCAAGUCAGGCAUCAGAAUCUGAGCAUGAGCUCAGCUUGAUUUCCUCCCUCAGUAUUGAUCCUAAUAUGUGCUGAGCCAAAAACCAUGUUAGAGAAGUAAUGGGCCUGAGACCAGAUUUUGCCUGUGCCUAAAUAUAGUCCAUAUAUAUAUGGAUGGUAUGAAUAUUUGAUCUAACUCAUCAACCUGUUAAUAUUAUGGGUGGGAAUCACCAGAGGCCUCACAAUACAAUAUUAUCACCAUACUUGAGCCACUGUACAAUUUUAUUGUGAUUUUAAACAUGUUGCUGAGUAUUGCAAUAACAUAUAUUGAAAUGCAUUGCAAAUUAUUACCUUUUACCUACCUUAACAACAUGUGUUUGAUCUAAUAAGAUAAAAAGUUUUCAGUAUGUCCAUCUCACUUCAGUCAUUUAUACUGCAGCAAAAUGUAUCUAGUGAACUGAUGAAGCAACUCAUUCUAUUAUCUUAGUAGGCUACAAAGAGUUUAAUUUGUAUUUUCAAUAUUAUUAAUUUACAUUAUAAGAAAAUCAAUACUA